AUGGGCUAUUCUUUAUGUGAUAUUCAACAACAAUUCACGAGCAUAAAUAUUCCAGAUGUUUUCCUGGCUUCCGGUGAUGUAUAUUAUUUUUCUACAAUAAAACAUACUGACUAUGGUUGGGGAUGUGGUUGGCGAAAUAUCCAAAUGUUGUUUUCUUGGUUACAAACCUCAUAUAAUGAUUGGUUUGAAAGCCAUCAUUAUAAAUAUGAUCUCCCGGAUUUGAGAGAGCACCUACUAAAUGCUUGGAAACAGGGAAUUGAUGUUGAUGGAUAUCAGCAAGUUGGGUCUCAGUUGGAAGGAGCUUGGAUUGGCGCCACUGAAGCUUACACACUGAUGACGGGUCUUAUGCUGAAUGUUGGACUCGUAGACUUUGACUUUCUUAAUCGAUCCUCAGCCGUGGAGGGACUUUUCUUAUUCUUUAAAGACCAUUUUAAUGAUUCUUUACAAGAUAAACGCCAUAUAUCGCCAUGCUAUCUCCAAUUUCAGGGCCACUCUGUCACGGUCGUUGGCUAUUGCGAUUCACUAAAGAGUUUGAUUAUCUUUGAUCCCGAUGCUCAUCAGUCCAACAAAAAAAAUCCUUCUGGAUUCCAACAAGAUAUCAUAAAACGAAUGUUGGUGAAUAAAAGGUUUUUUCGUGAUCGUCAGUAUCAAGUCCUUUACGUGAAGGAAGACUUGUUUUUGGAAAAUAUUCAAGAACGAAAGCAAAUUCGAUCGGCAAGGAUUUCCGACUACUAA